AUGAAGCCCUGUGACCAUAGCGGUUGGCUCGGCCUUUAUGUUCAAGGGAAGGAAGUCGUCCUUCUAGAAUCGGACAGGCUCCGCACACUCACCAAACAUAUCCAAUACCCCGACAUCCAAAAACCUAGUUUCUUUGUGCUAAUCGGUAACGCAGCAAAGUCACUCGCCCUCCGGGAGCUCUUUGGCAUCAAGAGAACGCGAAGGUCCAGAAGCAAGCAAACUGCCGGUGGAAUCCAUCUCCAUCUCGAUCCCGCCACAAUUUUUACCGAGAGACCAAUCUUCCUAGUCGACGCCGAUAUCGACCCUUCCCGCACAAAGGUCAAGUUUACUAUAGGAGACAAGUGCCAUGAGACAACAAGACAUACAAUCAAAUGGGUGACGAGUCUGCCAAGCCCAUCCCUAAGUGAUAUUGCUGUCAGCAUCCACACUCGUCUGCUUUUCCCCUUUAUUGACAUCUUCUGCUUCUUCUCUACUGAUCUGGGUGGCUUUCGACAAAUUGCUGUCCAUAUAGCUGCAUGGCUGGAGAAAGGUAUCUCAUCGACUCUGCUCAAGCCUGCAUAUCCAAGAGUGAUAAUCGUUAGCGACAAAAUACCUCCAAGAACCGGGAGCGAAAGUGAGGCCCGAAAAGCUUUUUUGUGGAUGCUCAGUGAGGAAACGACUAAGGACCCGUUUGAACAAUUUUCGGAUAUUAGUGUGGUUGCGCUUUUCCCUGCCGGUACGAUGUCUAUCAACGCGCGCCACAGGCCCCUAAAGGAGCGUCUUAUGAGCGCAUCAGAUCAAUUGCGAGCGAUUAGGGAAGAAACGCGAUAUCUAUUCUCCGCAACUCACUCUUGUGCUCUUUUUAGGCAUGCGUGUACACACUUUGCGGAAACGAUGGAACGACCCUUAAAUCUUAUAAAAGCAUCAAGGGCAUACAACCCAGUCGCUUCAGACCUAGGAGAACACCUAUCAACCUUCCUCAAACACAUUAGAAAGCCCAUCGACCUAAUGGAGUUCGGAGCUCCAAUGAUUGCUUCCAGCUUCCUUCUCGACAGCUAUCCUCCUGGCGCACACAUGUUUGACCCAGUAAGUGUUUUCAGAGAAUUAUAUAGGAACACCCUCUGUCGGUUGAGCGAGUCUAGAGUGAUGGCCUUCGAAGAGUCCAGCGACGUGAUUCUACGGAGCGGUUUCAUUAAUUCAGUCGAAAGGCAUCUUCUCGGAUACUUCCAGCAAUCUAGCCGGCGAGGUGGGAAAUCCUCUGCAGAGAUACACACAGAGAACCUCGAGCGUUUUCGGGACCGCUGGCGGAAUAUCCGAAGUGAUAGUACCUGCUUCACCUGUUUACGCCGCAGACCACAGUAUAACCAGUAUUGCGGCCACUGUGUAUGUCAGACCUGUGUGAUAAAUUUUGGCGACCAGAGCACAGACGAUCCCUGGGACUUUGAGGUACGCCAAUGCUUUUUAUGCAGGAUGAUGGCGCACGAAGCGAUGACCGUGAAAGUGCACCCUCCAACUGCUGGAGCGAGCGUUCUGUGCAUCGACGGAGGAGGAAUACGUGGCAUCAUGCCGCUCGAGUUCAUGAAGCGGAUACGAGACCGGAUCGGUUUGCCCAUUCCCUUUCAGCAGUUCUUCAAGCUCGCUUUUGGAGUGAGUUCAGGGGGUCUGAUCGUCCUGGCCAUGUUUCACAACGGGUGGUCCAUUGAAAAAUCGUCCGACGCAUUCGAAAGGUUGGCAAAGCUGGCCUUUAGGCGCCGGAAAGGUUUAGGGAUCCCCUUUCUUUCCCGUUUACGAGAGCUCUUGGUGUCAUAUUUCACUGACGGCCUUUAUGCGGCCAAAAAUAUUGAAGCAGCUUUAAAAGAGGCAUUUGGUACAGAGGAAAGUAUUCUCGACUACUCGCAUGCAACUUCAACAGGAACGAGGAUCGGUUUGCCCGUUGCGACAGUUCACGAGAAGCCAUCCUGCCGUAUAUUCACCAACUACAACGGCGUUGGAGCACGGGAGCAAAAUCCAGGUCAAGUUAUUAAACCGAAAGACGGUUUUGGAAGAGUGCCAGUUUGGGAGAUCGCACGGUCUGCAUCUGCAGCGCCUGGCUUCUUCCCGCCGAAAGAAAUUCAUGAAGUGGGCACAUUUCAGGAUGCUGGCCCACUAGAGAAUGAUCCACUCAUUUCCGCUCUUUCUGAGGCAACCUCAAUGUUCCCGCUAACUGAAGAACCAGAUUUUGUCCUUUCUCUAGGCACUGGUGCACCGAAGGAUGAUAGUAAUACGUCCCCAACUCGCACACGCCGUACGUGGAAGCAGAAAGCUUUACCAAGGCUGUGCCGUUUGUUUUGGGAGAAAAUGCGGGACAAGAACAUCAGACAGGCUUUCCGGUCUAACCCCAGGUAUCACCGUCUCGAUGUCGGAUUCGACCAAGGAGAGCCCAGGCUGGAUGAUGCGACGACGAUGUCCGAGCUAAAGUCAAAGGUUCAGGCUGAGGAAUCGCUGUCAGAAGCGAUCGAUAACAUCGCCAGCUGCAUGCUUACAUCCCUGUUUUACUUCGAAUUGGAAUCAAUCCCAGAGAAAAUCGACGGUAGGUUUGUGGCCAUUGGCCAUAUCCAAUGCUCCUUGCGCCGUAACCAUCUAGCAUUUUCUCUUCUGCUCGGUCGGUUGUCAGAUUGCUCCGCCAUGUUUUACCUGGACGACUGCCCAAUUCCCGGCAGGUUCGGGGACAGUUCCUUCCUUGACGGAGACGGCAACUUUCGAAAGCGGAUAGAGCUGAGUGUCUCGGAUAAAUUCGCCAUAUGUCUCAAGCAAGGCCACUCAGAGCCAUGCAACAUUAGCGGUUCGCCAUACUCACUACAAAAGCUAAUAUUGGCACAAAGCCUGGACGCUUCUUUGGGCACGGCCAACCACCGAAAGAGGAAGAGGACAGAAGAACUUGGGCAGCGUGCGGGAAAGAGGCAGCGUCUAGGGAGCCAGUAA